GAGAGGACGGGGUAGCAAGCAGUGGGAGGGCCGAAGUGAAAGAGGCAAAGGCAGGCAAACAGUUUACAUCAUUAUUCCAGAAAGAUCCACCACUGGCUCGUGUGCCAGGGGCCGUCGGUGUUGCUCUAUUUAAGUGCGCACGCAGAAGAGGCAGCAGUUUUCUGAGUGCUGCUAAGACCCAGACACAAAAUGGACAUCGCCAUCCAGCAUCCCUGGUUCCGGCGCUCCUUCUGGCCAUCCCUCUUUCCCAGCCGGAUCUUUGAGCAGCACUUUGGGGACCCCAUCUCUGAGGCCGAAAUGAUUCCCUCACUGUACUACCCACGACCUUCCUUUUUCCGCUGGCCAAGCUGGGUGGACAGCAGCCUUUCUGAGAUGAAAAUGGAAAAGGACCGUUUCUCCCUAAAUCUGGAUGUCAAACAAUUUCAACCAGAGGAGCUGUCAGUGAAAAUCAAUGGGGAUUUCAUUGAAAUUCACGCUAAACACGAGGAUCGUCAGGACGAUCACGGUUUUAUCUCACGGGAGUUUCUAAGAAAAUACCGUGUCCCUGCUGGUACGGAUCCAGCCUCUGUCACUUCCUCCCUGUCUUCUGAUGGCGUUCUGACCGUGACAGCCCCUCGCAAGCACACAGAGGGCCCGGAGCGCACCAUUCCCAUCACCCGUGAAGACAAGCCCGCCGUGGCUGGGUCUCAGAAGAAGUAAAGCUGCUAGACUUCCAUGUUUCAACUUUAUGUCCCGUGUCUUCCUCCUGCUACAUUACAAGGGAAUAACUUAUUAGCCCAACAUUUCCUGACAAGCCCAAACUUGUUGUCUUUGCUACAGCGCCUAGAGAAGAAAAAUAAGUUAUUAGGUCGAAAACUCCAUCAGCGUCAAACUAACUGAACACAAGCUCUAAAUGAUAAAUGUUACCAUAGAAAUACACUUUUACAAUAAAGUAUUGUUUUCUGUUGAUGCCACCAAACAAAGGGGCUUCUGUAUAUCUUGCAGCUUGACAGCAAGACAAAGUAUUUGAGUGUAGGAGUAUUUUUCCCCGGCAUUUUUUUUUAUGACAAAGACAAAAAUGGGCCAUUGAACUCAGCUGAAUCAGAUGGCAAAUUACGCCACAGUCUCUUAUUAUUAAUGCUGGAAUUUGCAGAAGAGUCAGAAUAAGGUCCUAUUAGUCAGCGUUACUUAAUGCAAUAACUUACAUUAACUUAACAUGAGCAAUAUAUUUCUUACAGUAUUUAUUCAUCUUUGUUAAUGUUAAUGAUAGUUAAUAAAAAUACAACUGU